UGAGUUAUGACACUCGCCAGAAAUAUUUUAUAAUUUUACUAUUUAUAGGGACUAAUAUGAAAAUUUACACGAGGCGCGAAACCAUGGCCAUGAGGAAGAGCUCGAGCUCGCUCUGAACUCUCACUCCAUGCAUCGCUAUUUUCCGGAGUUCUCUGCUUCAGCUUCUCAUCUCAAGCUCCGGCGCCCACCUCCAUCUCCAUUGGAGAAGCUUUUAGCGGAAAAGAGAAGACCUUGCGGCCGUUUCUACAGUUCAAGAUCCCCACCAUUCCUAGAUGGACAACUUGAUGCUUAUGGCGACCUCCUCUCUCUGUUUAUUGGUUCUUCCUCUCCAUCCCAUUCCCAGAGCCUCCAUGUUCAUCUCUUUAAGAAAGGAUUCGCUGAAGAUGUCUUUUUGUCCAACAACCUCAUCAACUCUUAUGCGAGAACAUCUCAUAUGGCGGAUGCCCACAGGGUGUUCGACGAAAUUCCUGAGAAGAAUGUGGUGUCAUGGACUUGCUUGAUUGCCGGGUACACGCAAAAUGGCUUUGCUUAUGAAUCUUGCCGUCUGUUUCGUUCGAUGCUUUUCUCUGGAUUCGCUCCCACUCACUUCACUUUCGGUAGUGUUCUUCGGGCGUGCAUGGAACUCGGCCCUGAAUGCAUGGCUCUUGGUAAACAAAUCCACGGGUUGAUUAUGAAAAUGCUCUAUGGAGUGGAUACCGUGGUGUGCAAUGCGUUAAUAUCCAUGUAUGGAGGUUGUUGCCUGGACUCCACGAGAUAUGCUCGGCUAGUGUUUGAUGGCGCAUUGGUCAAGAACUCAAUCUCUUGGAAUUCUAUUAUAUCUGUGCAUUCUCAAAGAGGAGAUGUUGUCCCGGUGUUUCAGCUUUUCUCUGAGAUGCAGAUGUGUGAUUUAAGGCCAAACGAGUACACUUUUGGGAGUUUGAUAACUGCAACUUAUUCUUCUUGUUCUUCUUGUCUUGUUGAACAAAUGCUCGCCAGAGUAUGCAAGUCUGGUUUUUUAAGUGAUCUUUACGUGGGCAGUGCUCUUGUUAGUGCUCUUGCAAGAACUGGAUUGCUUGAUGAGGCUAGAAAAUUUUUGAGGCAAAUGAAUGAGAGGAAUGCUGUUACAAUGAAUGGUUUGAUGGUGGGUCUCGUCAGGCAGGGCCGUGGAGAAGAAGCCGUGGAUGUUUUCCGGGAAACAUAUGAUUAUCUUGUUCUCAAUUGUGAUUCUUAUGUAGUUUUGCUUAGUGCUAUAGCGGAGUUUUCAACACCAGAGGAAGGUUGGAGAAGAGGGAGGGAAGUUCAUGGGCUUGUUACUAGAACUGGUCUUAUCAACUCUAAGGUUGCCAUUGGGAAUGGAUUGGUUAACAUGUAUGCAAAAUGCGGCGCUAAUGAGGAAGCUUGCAAUGUAUUCCAAAACAUGAGUAUGAGAGAUCAAAUCUCAUGGAAUUCAAUGAUUGCAGGUCAUGAUCAAAAUAAUUGUUUUGAAGAAGCAAUGGACACUUUCCGGGAUAUGAUCAGCAGUGGUGUGAUGCCUACAAAUUAUGCAACAAUCAGCAUGUUGAGUUCAUGCGCUAGCUUGAGGCAUUUCAGUGCAGGUUCACAAGUGCAUUGUGCUGGGAUUAAAUUGGGCCUUGAUUUUGAUGUUUCUGUGUCAAAUUCACUUCUUAACUUGUAUGGUGAAUGCGGUGAUAUUUCCGACUGCUGGAAAGUCUUUAGAUCUAUGCCGAGUUAUGACCAGGUAUCGUGGAAUUGUAUGAUAGGAGUUUUAGCUGAUUCCGAGAAGUCUGCAAGUGAAUCAAUUGAAGUUUUCCUAAAUAUGAUGAGAAGUGGGUGGAGACCAAAUAGAGUAACUUUUGUCAAUCUAUUUGCUGCUUUGACACCACUUUCUGUUAGCAGUUUAGGCAGGGAGGUUCAUGCAUUGGCACUCAAAUACGGGGUGUCAGACUACACUGCUGUCGAGAAUGCGCUUAUAUAUUGCUAUGCAAAAUCUGGAGAGAUGGAUGACUGUGAGCGCAUUUUUCAUAACAUGUCAAGUAGAAGAGAUGGUGUCUCAUGGAAUUCUAUGGUUGCCGGGUACAUUCACAAUGGACUAAUGGCCAAAGUGAUGGAUUUUGUUUGGUUGAUGGUUCACAAUGGACAGAAGAUGGAUUGCUUCACCGUUGCCACUGUCCUGAGCGCAUGUGCCUCUGCUGUGACAUUGAAACAUGGAAUGGAACUACAUGCGUUCAGCAUAAGAUUUCUCUCGGAAACUGAUGUUGUGCUGGACAGCGCACUAGUUGACAUGUACUCAAAGUGUGGAAGAAUAGAUUAUGCGUCAACAGUCUUCAGAUCGAUGCCAUUGAAAAAUGAGUUCUCAUGGAACUCAAUGAUUUCAGGCUAUGCUCAACAUGGACAUGGAGAGAAGGCUCUUGAGCUCUUCAGGGAGAUGCAGAGUGGGAAUCAAAGACCAGAUCAUGUGACCUUUGUCGGAGUUUUAUCUGCUUGCAGUCAUGCAGGAUUAGUGGAACAAGGUUUGGAUUGUUUUGAAUCUAUGACUAACAAAUACGAAUUAGUUCCUCGAAUGGAGCACUACUCAUGUAUUGCCGAUCUCUUGGGUCGAGCUGGUAAGCUUGAUAAGCUAGAAGAAUUCAUUAAAAGUAUGCCAGUCAGUCCUAACAUUCUCAUAUGGAGAACAGUGCUUGUUGCUUGCUCCCGAUCAAAAGACGGAGCAAAAACCGAUCUGUGGAAGCAGGCUUCGAAGAUGCUUUUGGAAUUAGAGCCUCAAAAUCCUGUAAAUUAUGUUCUUACCUCACAUAUGUAUGCCUCAAAAGGGAGGUGGGAAGAGAUGGCAGAAACUAGAACAGCAUUGAGUGGCAAACUGGUUAGAAAGGAAGCAGGUUGCAGCUGGGUCACUUAGAAGAUUUUUGUUUCUUUGCUGAAUUGAGAGUUUCCAGCAUCAGAAAUCAAUGAAAGCUGGUUAUGUUUUAUGAUCUUGUAGUGAAGUACAAUGAAUUGUCAAACUAUCUGUCAAAGAUAAACUUGCAUUUGGAUGGCAAAUAAUUGCCUGAGAUAGUCAAGAUAUACUGAGAUUAAUGAGAUAAAUAAGCAUUGGCAUUCAA